UAAUUGGUUAUGUAAGCGAGAUAGUACAGAGUGACAGAAGGCCCGCGUGAUAUGUUAGUCCUCUCCAGAAAUUUUCGUGGAACGGGCAGAUUUUUACAAGGACCCUCCUAAACAGGAAAGUGAUAAGUAAAGCAAAUACUACAUGAUGAUGUCAGGAAACCACAAACUCAGCGAUGAACUCAGUAAUACUAACCCUCACUGGACCAAGAGGAGAAUUAGAACGGCUUCAGUACAGCAUAAAUUGGCCGCAAACAAACUGGUUAUGGACACCGCAAACUUGGAAAGACAGCAGAAGAAAGCGUUGAGAGAGAUUGACGUCAAAAUGGCUGCUUUGGCGACACGGCGAAAGGAGUUGGAGGAAAAGAAGAGGCAGCUGUCCAAGCAUCCGUGCACAUAUCCAGACGAGGAAUCUGCAGAUCUGCAAUUAGCCACAGAAGAGACACAGAGUGGUGUCUUUCUUCAUAAAUCUGUAACCCGCGAUAAAACUAAAUCGGUUACUCGGAAACAGGAAGAAAUUGCAGACACCACAAAUCUCGAUGUAACAUUAGCCCGUUUGCAUUUUCGACGCAGUUUAUCAGCGGAAUCGUUUGGCUCCAGUGCCGUCAAGGCUUCGGAAUUAUUUCGUCAUAGGAAACUCAGUGAUCAAACCGACCGGAAAGACUUUUUUCAAGAGACAUUUAGAACUUACCUUCGGCCGUACACCGUUGAAACAGAUAAGUCUGUUAAGUCACAAACAAUUUCGCACCAAAAGACACACAGUGGUUUGUCGGUUAACUUCACCGCCCAGGGUAGAUUGAAAACUAAUAACUGGACUUUGGAAAGAAUAGCUGACCAGUUUCGCAAAAAAAAUGCGACUAAAACAGACGCGCCAAAAAGCAUCACCAAACCAGCGAUAAAAAGUGAUUAUGGACAAGAGAAUAGUAAUAUCCAUCAUGAGACUUUGAAGAACGGAAGGAAAACAAAAAUUCCUCCAUCUUUGGAUAGGCCGAAGGCCAAUUAUGAAAUAACCAAAAAUGUAUCACGUCCAAACCCAAGCAUUCAGUGUGAAGUGGCUCCGCUGCCAGGAAAGACUCCUAACAAAAUCACAGCUAAUAAAGAUUCUCCAUACAACCGCCAAGCAUUACCUUUGCCUCCUCUUCGCGCUUCUCCGGUAAACCCAGAUUCCUCAUUUCAGAACAACGGACAAAUGAAUGCAAAUUCCGAUGGCAAAGAACAGAAAAAAGUUCAUUUUACUUUACCAAGUGACGGAGAGCAGACGAUUACCGGAGUACGGAAGUCACGUGACUAGACGAUGUACUUCUCAGUAUUUAAAUCAUAUUUGCAUGCAGUCGUCAUACACUUACGGAUAAUACGAUCUGUUUGAGAUGACAGGAGCGCCGACUGAAGACAAUAAUUUCUAUAAAUGUUGUGUUGUGAUUCCAAUUUAGUUUUCUGAGUGUAGAAAAAUGUUUAUAAAAUCCUCGCACAAAUCGGUAAUGAAGCGCUUGUCCUUGUAAGGCCUACUAAGCAUUUAGUUUAAGUUUUUAAACCAGUCUAGUAAAUUUCAAGAAAAUGUUUGAGUC